AUGCCCCGGCGCAGGAAGACCGGAUUCCAACCCGCUUCGUUCAACCUCCGCUGGCACAGCAUCGCGGACCCCAACACGCCUAGUGUUGAUAUUAUGAGCUCGCCUGACCCGCUGAACGAACCCACUAUAUCGUAUCCUAGCUUUGCGCCUCAGUCAUCGGUUUCGUCGCGUCGCGUGUCGCGCAGCCCGCAACGGAGAAUCUCGCUAGCCUCGUCCAAGAAACGGAAACAGAAACAGACGCUUGAGCUGCAAGCCCGGGAUUUAUUGUCGCCGCAGCGGUUACUGGCCCCCGGCGAGACGGAGGGCGACGACGAGAUGGCCUCUGCAUCCAGCGGCACGAGGAGGAAGCUCUUCAAGUCGCCGGUUCAGUCGCCCACAGUGCGGCGCAGGGCGGAUGACACAAUCACGACCACGGUCCCGCUGAGGGAAUCCGUCGAAGAUGAGCUCACAGCGGCGGUAACUCCUAGUAGGAGACGAAGCCGCGCUCGACCCUCCAAUGGAACACCUCUUCCCACGGCGGGAGUCAAGAGGAGGGCGGGAUCACCAAUCAGCAGAAAUCCACGUCGCAUACGUGAAGAGAGAUUCACAGGGGGAAACACUGGGGAGCUACAUUUUGAAGAGAAAGAGAAUGUUCAGGCCACGCCUGCAACCGCAAAGCGAGGGCGUCCGCCCAAGAACAAGGCUGUCCAACCGUCCAGCGAGCUAGGAACCGCGAAACGAGGGAGAAGACGACGGGCAAUGGCCCCCGAUGAGUUGGUCGGAAUCACGGAAGAAGCGGCAGCUGAAAGAAGUUUACAAGAUAUUCGCCGGCCAAGCGAAACCGAGCCUCCCUCGAGACAACGUGCCAAUGGCAGUGCUUCAGGUGCUAAUGCUGCAUCCAAUGCCGAUACAGAAUCAAUGGACGAUGAUGAUGAGCCGACACCUAAGGCCUCAGCACAGCUUUCAACAAUAUCAUUAUCUUCCAAAAACAGGCCGCUUGGAGCUGCUGAUAGUAGAAACACUGACCGUGCUCCAGAAGCAAGCGACCAUUCCACCGUGGAUGAACACCAUGACUUUAGCUCUCAGACCAACGACACGAUUGCACAGGGUGAGGAUUUUAGUAUGAUCUUCAUGGAUUCCAUCCCUUCCUUGCAGAACAGUUACAUUGGCAACAGCACUGCCCAUGACGAUGACGAGCUUGGCGAAGACACACACAUCAUAAUCAACAAUACUCUGGCUUCAUUAAGACAAGAAGUUGCUCAAUCCAGUGAUCCAGUAGACAUCACAGAGGCAAUCGAAAUUCCUGAAGUUCCCGAGCUCGAAGACUCGCCAGAAAAGGAGGUGGAAUUCAUUCCGAUCAUACGGGAAUCCGCCAGAAAUGCGCGUCUGAGUGACAGUCCGUGGUGGUCUCGCAAACCUAAGAAGAUGGGAUCAUCACCAACAAGACACCAGACGACACUGUUGAGGUCAGCCGCAAAGAGGUCAGGGAGACUCUUCAAGUUCGACCAACGGGAGGAGGAGCCGACCCCCACUAAGAUUGGCAAACGGCCGGCAUCCUCACAUUCCCAAGAGCGUCAGUCGAAAAUUUACGAAGACUCCUUUUCCGAGAUUCCUCAGAAUUUUCUUGAUGCUGCCACCCCUAAGCCCAUAAAUUUCGCCGCCACUCGAACCGAACGAGAAGUUGAUCUGAUGGAAUAUGGAUUGCAUGGAGAGGAAGAAGAGCCUGCCGAGGAGGAACCAGCCGAGGAGGAACCAGCCCAGCAUACCGAAGAACCUGCGGAAGAUGACGUUGAAGAAUAUGUCGAGGAAGAUGCAGACGAAGUGGCAGACGAAGGGCCGUUAACUGCACAAAUCCAGAGAACGGCUGGGCCAAGCACGAUUAGGCUACCAACACCGCCAUCGCCUGAUAUAAUAAGUUCUCCCGUACGGGAUGUCGUCGAAGAAAGUGAGGACGAGGCGCAUGAGGAACUCAAAGGGCAUGAAGAAUUCGAAGAGCACGAAGGGCAGGAAGAAUAUGAGGAACACGCAGAACAAGAAGAAUAUGAACAUGCGGAACAAGAGGAACUUGAAGAACACGAUGAACAUGAAGAAGAACCGGACCAGGACCUGGAGUUGGUGGAGGAGGAGGAGGAAAGAGGAGAAGAAGAGCUAACAGACCACGAAGAACAACAUGAAGAAAUGGAAGACAAUCAGGAGGAGGCAGAAAUGGAAGACUUUGAAGAGCAUGGACUGCAAGAUGAUGAAGAGGAAGAAGUGGAACAACUGGAACAAGAAAUGGAAGAAGAUGAAGAGCAGCAGGAAGAAGAGGAAGAGCACGACGGUCAUGAAGAAAUCGAGGAGUACGAGACGCACGAGCACGAGCAUGAGGAGCAUGAGGAACACGAAGAGCUCGAAGAGCCCGAAGAGCACCUCUACGAAUCUUCACAUCGCUUAGGGGCAGACCCGUUUGCACGCCAACAGCCUGCGCACAAAGAUUAUCAUGCCGACGAAGAAAUGCGCUCCGAUCCUCUAGAGCAACCCGAGCAAUUGGAGCCGACACCUGAGUACGAAGCGCAGCCAGUGAAAGCCACACCACUCCAUCAGAUGUCAUCGCCACUCCAGGACCCUCAAACCGUCGUCCCUCCAGAACCCGUGCAGUAUCCGGCAAUACGACCUGUGCUAUCUUCAAUAAUGCGAGCUGGCCGUGUUUUACAAAAUGUCACUUCAGAUCCACCCUCACCAGGAGACCGAGAGAAACAUCUGGGAAGCCCGUUCAGGAGUUCCGCAAGCAAAGAGUCAUCACAAGGUGCCAAAGAAGACAGAUAUCAGCUCUCGAGCAAAAGCCCGCCACAGAUAUUCCCUUUUGGUCGCGACCAGUCGACUAUUAACAGGGCGUCUGUGAGUCAUACAGUCACUGCUAAAACCGCGGCUUUUGGUAUGCGCAGUAGCGGUGUACGCCAGCCACUUGAUAUUGGGCCAAAGGAAGUCCUACAUAGGAAGCGACCAUCAUCAAGAGAAUCCGUAGCAAGCUCUCUGGGCAACACGCCACCGAGUGGCAGUGCCACGAACUGGUUCGAAAGGGAGGGUCCAAUAAGUCCUCUUAUAAAGGGCGUUAACUCGUUCCUGCAAUCAUCGCGUUUCUCGAGCAUUAGGCAUGCUAUUCCCUUUGUUCAAGUUGAUGGCGCCGCAGAGGACGAAGAGGAAGAGGAGGAGCAAGCGGAAGAGGAUGAAGAGGAAGAGGAAGUGGAAGAGCAGGAGCAAGAGGUAGAAGCAGAGGAAGAGACUGAGCAAGAGGAAGAGCAAGAGGAAGAAGAGGAGCCUGAGGAAGAAGAGGAGCCAGAGGAGUUGGAGGAGCUAGAGGAACAGGAACCGGAACCGGAGCAGGAAUAUGAGCAACAAAUGCAGGAACAGCAACUCGAAGAGGAUGAAGAAGAUGAAGAGGACGAUGACGAUGAUAUUGAUAUCUGGGAAUACGAAGCACGGCGAGAAGUACCGCCUCGCCAAGAAUUUCAGCAGCCGCUGAUGCCAUUGGCACAAGAUCGCGGCGCGGUACCGGACCAUUCGAGUUCCUGGAGAGACGUAAAACGAGCACCUGCCGCAGCUGUUACUGCUCCAAAUGAUUUGUCAAAAUCAUCUCGCAUGAGGCAGUCGAUUAGCCGGCGCGCUGAGGAGAACUUUGGAGGCGAGGAGCACUCUGUGAUUUCACGGAAUCAGCAAGAACAGCAGCCCGUAACUGCGUCUAAAUCCAAGCGGUUUGACCUAUCAUCCUUUUUCUCCUCACCAGCUGCUAUUCCCGGCUUGUUGGCUGAAAAAUUCCUGUCACCCAAAUCCAAAAAACAUGCUGAGGCAACCGUUCAGCAAGCAGAGCCUGCUAAACCCCGACAAGAACCUCCAGCAGUGCCUGCGACAGGAAUCUUUUCAAGACCUUCUCAGAAUGGAAAUGUUCCGCGAACUGUUCGCCGCAAAGAUCCUAUAUCUUCAACUGUUCGGCCUGAUCCUCUGGCUGAGGAGCAAGUGGCUCAGCAAUCCGCAUCUCCUGGCACUCCUCCUGGAGAAGCUUCACUCCCCGUCAUUCCUCAGAAGCAAAACUUUACGCCGCGGCCGCGGCAAUCUAGCGAAUCCUUCUUCCAGCCCUCGUCUUCACUCGCAGCUGCAACUCCCCCAAGGAUGCAGUUGACACAUGACGAUAUUCAUAGGUGGCAGCUCGAAACCUCGAGUGCGAAUGGAAAUUCGCCCACCAGCCCAUCCGCAUUGAGGCCACUGCCUUCAAAGCAUGCCUCGCCAAAGAAAUCAAGUCUUCGCUCUCCUCUGAAACCCCAUACUCCUGGACGAGUGGUUGAGUUUACAAGCAGCGUGUUGUCGCCUCAAGAGCAAGCUCAAAUUCGCGAACAACGCGGCCGAGCUAACGAAGAGGUAUCCCAGGAGGAGAUCCGCACCGCCGCCGCCGCCGCCGCCGUACCAACCCAUGCAGAGCCGCGGGCAGGCAAAGGAAGCAUGGGCAGGCAGCAGAAGCAACCGCCACAAAAGUUCGCACCGAAGGUCAUUCAACCCGCAGGGGUGACAAAGAAACGAUCAGCAAAGAAGCGAGGAAGACGAGAGCCCCCCUCCGAGACGGUCUGGACCCGCCGACACUGGAUCUUCCUCGAUACACUUCUGCAAAUGCGGCGACAGCGCCCCUUUAGCGAAGAGUACGAGCCUGUCUCCCGACGGUACCUCGGAAAAGUCGUCACUAGCAUGGGCGAGUCUUUGGUGCUACAGAAGUGGCAUCUCGAGUGCGUCGACGCUUUUAAGUCCCAGAUAGGUGGCUGGGAUGAAGGCGAGCUCGCCAAGAGACUCUUUGCACUUAUUCUCGGAGAAGCACAACGACGUCGAAACUCCGUAGGCUCGUCACCCGGAGUUAUCUUCCAUUGA